AAAGGACGAUCAUGAGAUGCCAGGAAGGGACUUUAACCAAAUCAGUCUACUAGAGUGAUGCCUUGAGCAGGUCCAGACAUCUCUCCAGUCUGAAGCUUGAAGCAUCAGACGAAAAGCUGUUCGUGGAUUUCGAAAACCACUCUUAAACCAAUUCAUACAUUUCACUAAUUUCUUGUUGCCACGUUCUGGCUCGCAGGCUUGCUUACUUAUUUCGCAUGUGUCAACCUCCUGAAGUUGGUGGCAUUCCAAAUGAAAAUUUGAAGUAAACGCGAUGACAGUCUCUUAUUUCUUCUGUCCACCUUGCAUUCCUCUGCAUAGUCGUCCUUUUUUGCCAGUUUUACUUUCGGAAAGCUGCAUCAUGUGACCAGUGGGUUCAAAUCGAUGUCACUCGAAGUGAUGGGAGUUUUGAUCUCUUGUUUUCUAGGGAAUAGAAACAACAGGAACUCACUCUCCUCUCCGAAUGGAUGUUGAGACCUUUAUAUAAAUUUGUAGGCAGUUCAUGUUCAAAUAGAAGCUGCAAUCUUGUAGAGUUAGUCCUUUCUCUUUCACAGAAAGCUGUUCACGAAUUGAGGGAUGGAGACAUGCGAUAUGGAAGACCAAAUGGCGAAGAGCAUGAUCUGCUGCAGCGGCUCAAACAGGGCAUACAUUACGUGGACCAAUCUCUGUGUGAAUGUGAGGAGUUCAGCAUGGGGGAAAGGAAGCUCUCGCCCCAUUCUUGUGGGGGCCACAGGAUAUGCCGAGCCAGGGUCGAUUUUGGCUAUCAUGGGACCCAGCGGUUCUGGAAAGUCUACAUUGCUUGAUGCUCUGGCAGGGCGUCUGCCUCCUAAUGCCGUUCUAACAGGGAAUAUAUUACUCAACGGAGAAAGCAAAGCAACGCUUUCUUAUGGAACAGCAGCAUAUGUGACUCAAGAGGACGUGCUCAUAAAGACUCUAACCGUGAAAGAAACCCUCAUGUAUUCUGCCAAACUACGCUUACCGGAAAAAACCAGGGAGGGAAAAGAGAAGAUCGUGGACAGCACAAUACAGGACAUGGGGCUCUCGGAUUGCCAACAUAUCUGCGUCGGGAGAGCCUUCGCCAGAGGUCUCAGUGGUGGUGAAAAACGUCGGCUGAGCAUUGCAUUGCAGAUUUUGAAUCGCCCCCAAUUGCUCUUUCUGGAUGAGCCAACUAGUGGUCUAGAUAGUGCUGCAGCAUACUUUGUGGUGCAAACGCUGAAAAAUUUAGCCAGAGACGGUCGCACUGUUAUCUCCUCCAUUCACCAGCCCAGCAGUGAAGUGUUCGCACAAUUUGACAACCUCACCCUCCUCUCAGGCGGGCGCACAAUUUUCUUCGGUCAAAGUACGCAUGCCUCUGAGUUCUUCGCAGCAUCAGGAUAUCCAUGCCCCUCAAUGCGGAACCCAUCAGACCAUUAUUUGCAAAUUAUCAACUCAGACUUUGACACAGUGAAGAACAAGCUUGUGGAUAUCGUGCAAACAGAUUCGGAAAUGGGGAAUGGAUCUUUGUCCAACUUCAAUCAGUGCCCAAGUCCAAGUGGUGCAAUCACAUUAGGCUGCCUGUGUAGAGACAUAGUAGCGAAAUCACUUUCAACUGCUUACGGGGAGAGCAACUAUGCUGCGGCAACAUUAUCAAGAAUAACGCAUAUCAUAAAACAUAGUCACAACGGGGGAGUUGUCGAGGGAAGCAAGGGCCGCGCAAGUUUUUUGCAUCAGUGCGUAACUCUUACGCAGCGGUCAUUUGUGAAUAUGUCUAGGGACCCGGGGUACUUCUGGCUCCGAGUUACCAUGUACAUCAUUGUAGGCAUAUGCCUUGGCACCAUUUGUUGGCGAGUUGGAACUCAAUACAGCUCGAUCUUUGCUCGGUUAGGAUGCAUGUUCUCCGUUGCGGCAUUCUGGACAUUUAUGUCCAUCGGUGGUUUCCCAUCCUUUGUGGAAGACAUGAAGGUCUUUCAACAUGAGCGGCUGAGUGGGCAUUACGGAGGGGCGGCAUUCGUGGUGGCUAACACCUUCGCAUCCAUCCCUUACCUCUGCCUCAUUUCUCUGACGUCGGGCACCCUGGUGUACUUCCUGAGCGAGCUGCAUCCUGGAUUCGAUCACUACGCCUAUUUCAUCAUCAUGCUCUUCGCAUGCCUGGCGUGUGUGGAGAGUCUGAUGAUGAUGGUGUCAAGCGUUGUGGGGGAAAACUUCCUUGCAGGCAUUGUCGUCGGUGCCGGCAUCCAGGCAAUGUUUAUGUUGCUAGCAGGAUUCUUUCGUCCCUUGAGAGACCUCCCGAAGCCCAUAUGGAGAUAUCCGUUCUCGUACAUCGCUUUCCACACUUACGCCAUCCGGGGACUGUUUGAGAAUGACUUCCUGGGCUUGUCUUUUGAGAAUUUCUUGGUGGAUGGCAAGCCUGUGGGUCCAAAUCUGUCUGGGAAAUACAUCCUGGAGCAGCUCUGGGGCAUUGAAAUAUCUCAGCAAGGGCGGUGGGGGAACCUUGCCGUUAUAUUUGGGAUGAUAGCCAUUUACCGACUUCUGUUUUUGGUUUUUAUCAAGCUCAAUGAAAAUCUAAGGCCACGACUGCGCAUGUUGGCCGAGGCAGCCACCUUCCGGAUCAAUAAGAAGAGGUAAAACUCACUUUGAAGGAGAAGAAGAAGAAAAACACAGAACGCUGUUUUAUCAAAUGAUGCUGUAGAUAUGCAAAAGUUGCUAGUGAAGAUUAUAAUUGGGCGCAGAUUAGAAGCAAGAUUUAGUUAGCGGCUGUACUAUUUUAUAUAUUUGAUAUAUCUUUUUAAUAUGAUUUGAUAUAUCUUUUUAAUACUAUAGCUAUAUAGGUUUGGGGCUAUAAAGCUAUAAAGCUCUGGGGCUUUAAAGCUAAAUAAAUGAAGCUUCUCUAUUUCAACCAAUCGAAGAAUUAAAAAUUCA